UUUUGUCGUUUUACCGUCAGCUGUCACAACAUAACCUGUAUUUCGGAUAAUAUUUUUGAAUUUUAUUCGUAAAUAUUAGUUUUUCGGAACAAAAAUGAACAAAUUGACGUCCUACACAAUAAAGGAAAUACAUAAAGCGUAUCGAGAUAAACUUUUAACGCCAACAAGCUUCGUGGACUUAUGUUUACAAAAAGCGAAACAAACCAGUGAAUUAAAUGCUUUUGUUACAUUAACGGAAGAUAUAGCGGAAAACCAUGGCAUUCAAAGUGAAAAGAGGUUUUAUAUCGACAAGAAUUCGAAGCCUUUGGACGGCAUUACAAUCGGCGUGAAAGACAAUUUUUGUACGAAUAAUGUACGAACUACUUGUGCUUCCGAAAUGUUACGGGAUUUCGUUCCUACUUAUGAUGCGACUGUAUAUUCAAGAUUGAGGGAAUCCGGAGCAUGUCUGGUGGGGAAGACUAACUUAGAUGAGUUUGCUAUGGGAGCAGGAACUAUAGACUCUAUAUUUGGUCCGACGAGGAAUCCUUGGGGAUAUAAAAGGAAUGAUAAUUCAUGGAGAAUAGCUGGUGGCAGUUCAGGAGGCAGUGCUGUUGCUGUGAGCUCUGGUGCAUGUGUCGCAGCCCUAGGGUCAGACACUGGAGGAUCCACGAGAAAUCCAGCAGCAUUAUGCGGCAUUGUUGGCCUCAAGCCAACAUACGGAUUAGUCUCCCGCUAUGGUCUGAUUCCUCUGGUAAACUCCAUGGAUGUCCCUGGUAUACUUACUAGGAACAUUGAUGACGCAGCGAAGAUACUAAAUUGUAUAGCAGGACCGGAUAAUUUAGAUUCUACAACAAUCAAAAAGAAAUUCAAGCCAGUAACCAUGAAAGAAGAAUUUGACUUAACACAUGUUCGAAUUGGGAUACCUAAAGAAUACCACUGCGAAGGAAUGAGCCCUGAAGUCUUAGAUACUUGGAGAUUCGUUACAGAUCUGCUUGAAAAUCAAAAAGCUGUUAUCAAAACAGUUUCUUUACCGAAUACUUCUGUAUCUAUUGCAGUUUAUUCCAUUUUAAAUCAGUGUGAAGUUACUAGUAAUAUGGCGAGGUAUGACGGCUUAGAAUAUGGUUUAAGAACAAGUGAAGAUUACUCCACUGAAGAACUGUAUGCAUCUACAAGAUCCCAAGGCUUCAACAACGUAGUUCGUUCAAGGAUUUUCUCAGGAAACUACUUCUUAUUGCGACAAAACUAUGAAAAGUAUUUUAUAAAAGCUUUACAACUACGCAGACUGAUUUCUGAUGAUUUUAAAAAGGUAUUUAAAGGUGAUGGUGCAGUGGAUAUUUUGCUGACUCCGACUACUUUGACAGAUGCACCAACGUUUGAAGAGUUCUCGUCGAAGCACAAUAGGGAUCAGUGUGCAUUCCAAGAUUACUGUACUCAACCAGCGAACAUGGCUGGUAUUCCAGCAUUAUCCAUACCAAUACGUCUCUCUAAGAAUAAGCUACCAUUGUCCCUACAACUAAUGGGCCCAAAUUUAUCAGAAGAAUUAUUACUGAAUGUUGCAAAGAAAAUAGAAACUAUAGUGCAGUUCCCUAGCUUGGAAUCUGUUAAUUUAAACUAGCUAAAUUUAUUUUAUUAUGUUUAAAAAGUAGGUGCCUAUUUUAUGUUUAAUAAAGUGUGUUAUAUACAGAGAAAAAUUGUGUUCUUGUUU